AUGAAGUUGUCGAUUACCCUCGCUAGCACCAUCGUCCUGGUGGCGGCAGCUCCGGUCGAGGUUCGUGAUCCGCAGUCUGGCAACGGCUUGGGGCCAGGCUUGAACCAAGGCCCUUCCAGGAGACCCCAAGACUCAAUCGUUAACCUCGCUGAUCGUCCCGGCCUCAACGAUGAGAACCACAGCCGAGUGGAUGUGGACCGGCCAACUUCCGGGAGACCCCAAGACUUUAACGCCGCUAGUCUUCCCGCCCUCAUCGAUGCACUGGAGAACCAAGACGUAGUUAGCGGCACUAAUCUUCCCGGCCUCAACGACGAACUGAGGGAAUCCGUAAACGAAAAGGGCUUUACCGCACAAAUGUGCCGCGAUAUCAUCGCGAACCACGGUAAAACCUUUGCGAAGAAGUUCGAUUGUGAAUAA